AUGGCAAGCUACGGUUCCCAGUAUGGUAGUGGCCAGGGCCAGUCAUAUCAAAUGAAUCAGGACCCCAGAUAUGCCGAUCCUCAAAUGCAACAACAUCCUCCGAGUUUCCCACCUUCAGUCAGCCCACAGCCAGCCUACCCGCAGUAUGGUGUCGAUCCGAACGCCCAGCAUGUUUAUGCCAACGCACAACAAGCGUCCUAUCUCGGACAACCUGAGGGACAUGUACCUCAACAGCAAGAUGCCAUGAAUGGCAUGAAUCGCCUGGCAGAAAAAAUGAGUGGACUAGACAUGGCGGCCGCGCCCGCACGCUCGCACAGGAAGAAGGAAAGGCAUGCAUAUCACGACAUAGGCUCGGCAUCGGCAACAGCGCCUGCGGGAGGUGCGGUACCUGCAGGGCCAUUUGGACAACCACAGUUUCCGGCUGUUGGAUCGCAAGGAGCACCAGGGGCGAUGGCGGGACAGCCAGCAGAGAAUGCCUUGAUCAACUCAACGGACAAACUGCGGAUGGGUGAGGAAGCUGUGGCUACACAGGGACGUGUCAAUCCAGAGCAAAUCCCCAGCGUGGCCAGGUCAAGAGACGUUGCGACACAAUACUACCAGCUCAAUGUCUAUCCAACCAUGGAGAAGCAUCUUCCGCCCCCUGCGGCUAUCCCCUUCGUGGCCCACGACCAGGGAAAUUCCUCGCCCAAGUUUGCGCGAUUGACGGUCAAUAAUAUUCCUUCAACAGCGGAAGCUCUUGCAUCGACUGGCCUGCCUCUCGGCCUUGUCCUGCAACCGUUUGCACCCCUCCAAGAAGGCGAACAGCCUAUUCCCGUACUCGACUUUGGCGAACUCGGUCCUCCUCGAUGCCGAAGAUGCAGGACGUACAUCAACCCGUUCAUGACCUUUAGAUCUGGUGGCAACAAGCUGGUGUGUAAUAUGUGCAGCUUCCCCAACGAUGUGGCACCCGAGUACUUUGCACCUACAGACGCGGCCGGUGUCAGGCUGGACCGGUUGCAGCGACCAGAAUUGAUGAUGGGCACCGUGGAAUUCUUGGUACCGAAAGAGUACUACACGAAAGAGCCAAUUCCUAUGCGGUGGUUGUUCAUGAUCGACAUCACCCAAGAAGCUAUCAACAGGGGACUUCUCCACACCGUCUGUCAGGGUAUUUUGGACGCGCUUUACGGACGUGACGGUGAGGUGCCUUCAGAUGAGGGGUCGACAUUUGUUGGACUGCCAGCAGGCGCUAAGAUUGGAAUUGUCACGUAUGACAAGGAGGUGCAGUUCUACAAUCUUGCACCGGGUCUAGAGACGGCUCAGAUGAUGGUGGUGACGGAUCUCGAAGACCCGUUUGUUCCUCUGGCAGACGGAUUGUUUGUCGACCCUCAAGAAUCUAAAGAUGUGAUCACGGCACUGCUCAAGGCCAUCCCAACUAUGUUCUCCGCCAUCAAGCACCCAGAACCGGCUUUACUGCCUGCGCUCAACGCCGCCCUGGCUGCCAUGACUGCUACGGGCGGUAAAAUUAUAUGUUCUUUGUCAACUUUGCCCACCUGGGGUCCUGGAAGGCUGCAUCUGAGAGAUGACGGCAAGGGCCGAGACACAGAUGCGGAACGCCGUUUGUUCACGACUGAGCAUCCGGGUUGGAAGAAAACCGCCGGGGCGAUGGUCACCGCAGGUAUCGGCGUGGACUUUUUCCUCGCCGCGGCGGGAGGAGGGUAUAUGGACAUCGCAACAAUAGGACACAUGUCGCGACUGACGGGUGGGGAGAUGUUCUUUUAUCCCAACUUUGUGGCUCCCCGCGACUCACUCAAGCUGCGCCUUGAGAUCCAGCACUCGCUGCGACGGGAAACAGGCUAUCAGGCUUUGAUGAAGGUGCGGUGCUCGAACGGUCUCCAGGUUUCUGCUUACUAUGGCUCUUUUCUCCAACAUACCUUCGGGGCAGAUCUUGAAAUUGGGACUGUCGACGCCGACAAAGCAAUUGGUGUCACUUUCUCUUACGAUGGCAAACUUGAUGCCAAGCUGGAUGCCCACUUCCAGGCUGCCCUUCUUUAUACCUCUGCGACCGGGCAGAGGAGGGUCAGGUGCAUCAAUGUGGUGGCCGCAGUCAACGAAGGUGCCGCCGACACCAUGCGCACGGUCGAUCAGGACGCCGUUGUUAACAUCAUCGCCAAAGAAUCUUCGUCCAAAAUUUCGGAAAAGUCUCUAAAGGACAUUCGUGCCCAUAUCACGGAAAAGACGAUUGACAUUCUGGCGGGAUACCGAAAGAACUUCUCCGGCUCGCACCCUCCUGGACAGCUCGUGCUGCCCGAGCACCUCAAGGAGUUUGCCAUCUACACGCUCGGUUUGAUUAAGACUCGAGCAUUCAAAGGAGGUGUUGAGCCUACCGAUCGCAGAGUUCAUUCUGCUCGGUUGAUGAGAUCUUCGGGAGUGACCGAGACAGCAUUAUAUCUUUAUCCACGAAUAUAUGCCCUCCACAACCUGAGUCCGGAGGAUUGUUUCGCCAAUGCCGAGACGAUGCAAUUGGUAGUCCCGCCAACCCUCCGUGCGUCCUUUGCCCGGGUGGAGGAAGGCGGAGUGUAUCUGGUAGACGACGGGCAGAUUGUGCUCAUCUGGCUGCACGCACAAGUGUCGCCGAACUUGCUGGAGGACCUGUUCGGAGAAGGCAAAACCAGCCUGCAAGACCUCGAUCCCAUGAUGAAUGAGUUACCUGUCUUGGAGACACACCUGAAUGCCCAGGUGCGGAACCUGUUGCAAUACAUGUCCACAGUGCGCGGGAGCAAGGCGGCAAGCUUCACGCUCGCACGACAGGGUCUAGAUGGCUCGGAGUUCGAAUAUGCUCGGAUGUUGGUGGAAGACCGGAACAACGAGGCCCAAAGUUAUGUUGACUGGCUGGUCCACGUCCACCGGGCCAUCCAGAUGGAGCUGAGCGGGCAAAGAAAGAAAGAAGACACAGGCGAUCACGAGGGCAUUUUGAGUAACUUGACAUCACUGAAGGCACCAUACUGGACGUGA